UAUCGCCAUAUCGGAGACACUAGUUGACGUCAUUCAUACUGUUAUUGAUUUCAAGGUUGCAUAUUUUUGUAAGGGCAGAUAAUUUUUUGAGAGCGUGUGUAAUAAUUCUUUAAGAAAGGCGAUUCCUGCUACUGCUUUGCAACAUUAAAGACACCAAAUGGAGGGUCAACGGUUUAUGUAUGUUAAGCAAGAGCUACUGAACAAUCUGAGACAAAACCAAGGAAAGGUGCUAAUUAAUCCAAAUUUCGUGAAUGCAGCUAUCGUCAGACCUCACAUUAACAAACAAUUCUUACGCAAUCAAUCGAUACAUAUUAAUCCAAAUGUCAUAAAGCAAAAGUGCGACAGUCACCGAACAGUUGUUUUAGUAGACGACGGAAAGGUAGUAGCAAACAAGGAGGUGAAAAAGCAACCAUUGGUAGUAUCCACCCCUACGAAGAUUGUACGAUCUCCUAAUACUCAGAGUGGUUUGCACUCUAAACGUCGGUCAUCUAUACAUAGCAAAUACAAAAUAAUUCGAAGUACAGCCUCUACAAAAACUCAACGAGCUAAUCCUUCCAACAGAGUCAAAAACAAAUUUGCCAUCGAUAAUCGGUCACCAGCCACCAAAUUGAAGCAUUUCUCCUUUAAUAAAAAUAAGUUAAAAGUGCCAAACGUUUACUCUAAAAAUAAUUUAACUGGAAACGGUUUGGUUUAUAAAAAAAGUCAUGUGCGUAACAUUACCAAAGUUAAAAGAAAGCGGACUGUAGGAAGUGCUCUGAAGGUUCAAAUCUUAACAAUUCGCGGUCAAAAAUAUAAGUUGGAUUCUGGACACCAUACGCUGACCCUCAUGAACAACCAAACGGAAAAACCGAAGCCCUCAUUUAAAACCAUUUAUGUUGGCAGAAUGGCGUUUAGACAGAAGGAACCAAAUAUUUAUGUGAAAACGAAUAUGCAUAAAAAAUUUGCGUUAUUAAGUCAAGCAAAGCAGAGAAGUAUAAAUACGUUGACAAACAAGUUAAGAAAGUCGAAUAUUCCCUGCCCGCUCUACCAUAAGUUUGGCAAGUGUAGAGGUAAAGACUCUGGAAAGUGUAUUCGGUUGCAUAAUCCGGACCAAAUCUCGCUCUGCCCGAGGUUUCUACAGGGUGCUUGUACGAACAGUAAAUGUCUCCUAUCGCACAAGGUGUCCGCAGAGAAAAUGCCGACUUGUAAAUUUUUCCUAGAAGGGUUGUGUGCGAAGGACGACUGCCCAUAUUUGCAUGUGAAAAUCAACAGUAAAGCAGAGAUUUGUAAGGAUUUCCUCGAAGGCUUUUGUAGAAAGGCCGCUGAGUGCGAAAAACGGCACGAAUAUUUGUGCCCUAAUUAUGAACGCUCUGGACAGUGCUCGAAGAGCAACUGUCAUUACCCUCACGGACCUGCGGUAAGAAAAUCUAACAAUUCCAAACUAAUUCUUCCAACCUUGCAGGGUAAAGUGAAGCAUAAAGUUGGCAAGAGGAAAGUUGAGCAUUCUGAUACUGCUUUGGAUUGUGCAUUAGCAUCAGAUGCAAAUCUGCGAUAUUAUGAUGACUCAAAACUGGAUAAAGAUCUAGUAGUUGGUAAUAGAGUUCAAGUGGAAAGCAUGUCGUCUUGUAUACCUGUAAGACCUCGGCUGGGGACUUUGCCGGCUUUUAUUCCUUUCUGUGACAUGAGUCAAAAUUCGGUUAAAUAGUGCAAAAUUAAAAUACUUAACAUUUUAAAUAUUCUAAUGAUAUGUUGACAUGUAUGGGUAUAUUUUUUUUAAAUAAAAGCAUUUCAAGUUCCUAUUA